AUGGCACCAAAUCGCAAGAAGAAGCCUAUUUCAAACCCAGCGAGAGGAUUCACAACUGUGUCAAUCCCCUCUAAAACCAAAAAUAUAAAUGCCACGGAACCAGUAGAUGGGGGGCGUUCCACUGAAGCCGUUGUACACAAGGAACCCGCAGCACAUCUCGAAACUGAUGUAAAUGAAGUUUCUGAAUCCAAAACUGCACUCAAGGAACUGUCAUCAGAAGACCUUGAAAGGCACUUUGAAGCUGCCGAGUUACAGUCUAUUCUGGAUAAGCAUGGAGCAAGAUGCAAAAGCGAAGCCUCUCGUCAAGCUGGGAAACUCGAGACUGAACGUCGGACAUUCCGUGCGCAAGGUACAACCUUCAAUUUACAUGAAUGGUUGUCUCCAGAUAUCCGCACUUUCAUUCUUGAAAAGCAGACUAAGGACUUCAAAAAGCUAGCAUCCUAUUUCAAUAAACGAGAUGAGCGUGCCACUAACAUGGUCGGUGAGGAUGACCUAUGUGUAGACUUGUGGACGUUAAGCCAAACUCUACUUAAGCUGGGAUUUCCUGAAUCCAAGGUGAAUGAAGCUUUAAGAUGCAUUCUUAUGCAUUACUCUAAUGAGUCUAUACCACUGGACCAAGCUCUGGAAUGGCUAGCAUUGCAUAUCGCUGAAGAUGAGCUGCCUGCCUAUGAACAGCCAAAGUCUAUGAUUAGACUAGAUAAUCAGGACGCUGAAUUGGAAUCAACGUUCUUCUGUUCGGGCACCAGUACACCCGUACUGAAGCCAGGAAAAGAGCUGGAGGCCUUUCAAGCUGACGCCCUCUCAGACUCUUCUGAUAGUUAUCUUGACCCUGACUCUUUGAUACCUCGAUAUCUAGAACUUCGAUCACGUAUUUAUGCGUUGGAUCCAACCUUUUUCAACCAUUCUAAACCGACCACCAAAAAAACAGUGCCCAGCGUUGCAGAUAGUGCCACAGUUGAUCGAAAAAUAGGGAGGCUAAAGAAGAAACUUGUAGUAAUUGAAAACGAUAUAUUGUUUGAUCCCGAACAGGCAGACUCACAAUGGAAGAAAAUUUUGACAGAUUUGCGCGCCAGAACCUCACAGAAGCUGCGCCAAAAUGUGGAAUCUCUUCAAACUACUCGAAAAUUGCUGCACGAUGAGAAUAAAGGUAAUUUGGCCAUUAACGAUCACCAAGGCGUCACUGUAUCGUCGGCAUUGUUAGAGAGUGAAAACGAGGAAGAAGGCAUACUUGAAGCCAUGUUCGGCGCUGAGCCGGAUUCCCAGACUCCUAUCACUGCCGAUACUUCUGAGACAAAGAGCGAAGUUGUCAAAAUACGAGAUUUUGGUAAACUUCCAGGUCUAAAUCCCCGCCGUAUUCUAGAAGAAACCUGCAAAACGAGAGAUCCUGAAUAUAAAAUAGCAUAUUUGGAUGUUGUAUCCGCACCUCGGUCCCAUCGCAAGAGCAUUGAGAUACUCUGGUCGAAACUCCAGGAUCCUUUACCUCACUUUCCGUUGGCUGGCUUAUCCUACAACUCAAAUUCUCGUCUCACCAAAAUUUCGAUGGUUUCUUUGAGUGCAUCAACAGCACUACAGGCUGAAUCUUAUAUUUCUGUUGUUGCCCUAUUCUUGAUUACUGCCAGCUCACAAAGGGAAAAUAAGGCGCCAAUAAGAUUACAGGGAGUGUGGAGAGAUGUAUGGGAAGAACUAGUCAACGCACGAAAGGAGAACGAAGAUAUCCAAGACAGAGAAGCGGUCAAGAAUAUACGAAAUCUAUUACAGCAAACGAAAAGCCUAGCCGACGAAGAUAUUGUAUUAACCGAAAAUUUUAAGCAACGGAAUGGACUCGGAACACCGCUAUCGGAAAAAAACCUACAAUAUUUCAAUAGUCCCCCUUCCUCGGAGUACUACCAAGCGCUCUGGACAGAUCGAUCUUCAACAGCAGCAUACAAACAAAUGCAGGUUACCCGGAUGACGCUGCCUAUAUGGCAAUUUAAACCCCAAAUUCUUGAGACACUGGAAAAAAACCGAACUCUUAUUAUAUGUAGCGAGACAGGAAGCGGGAAAAGUACUCAGAUUCCUUCCUUCAUUCUUGAAAACGAAUUGCUCUUUGGAAGGUCGUGCAAGGUCUACGUUACCGAGCCUCGACGAAUUUCCGCUAUAUCUCUGGCAAAACGAGUAAGUGAAGAACUUGGCGAAGGUAAGGAUGCCAUUGGAACAAGUCGUUCACUUGUUGGAUAUUCAAUAAGGCUAGAAAGCAAGAUUUCAAUAUCAACUAGGCUGGUUUUUGCGACUACAGGGGUUGUUAUCAGAAUGGUAGAACGACCUCAAGAGUUUAGUGAAAUUACUCACCUUGUCUUGGAUGAAGUUCAUGAGCGAACACUUGAUACUGACUUUUUAUUGAUUAUCCUUCGGCGCUUAUUGCAUCAACGGAGCAAUUUAAAACUGAUACUCAUGUCUGCAACUGUCGAUGCCAAGCGGUUCUCUACGUACCUAGGUGGUGCACCAAUUUUGGAUAUCCCAGGCCGAACUUUCCCAGUUCAGACCAAAUAUUUAGAGGAUGCCAUCGAAAUAACAAAACAUUACUCCCAUGGGGAGUCUACAGAUCUUACCGAUGAGAGUGACUCUUCGAGUGACGAGAAAUCGGAGCCAGAUGAAGGACUACGGUCGACAUUAUCUGGAUACAAUAAACAAACCCGGGAUGCAGUCUGUUCUUUCCAUGAGGGCCGCAUUAAUUACCAGCUAAUCAUGAACCUUAUCUUCACCAUCGCAACAAAACCGAAUCUUAUACCAUUUAGCAAUGCAAUGCUCGUGUUUAUGCCUGGGUUUGCGGAAAUUCGCAAACUUCAUGAUUUAUUACUUUCGGAUUCUUUUUUCGGGGAGGGAUGGAUAGUGCAUGCCUUGCAUUCUUCAAUUGCCACUGAAGAUCAAGAGAAGGCUUUCUUGGUUCCGCCAAAGGGAAUAAGAAAAAUCGUCAUUGCAACCAACAUUGCUGAAACUGGGAUCACAAUACCUGAUGUAACUGCAGUCUUAGAUACUGGGAAAGAAAAGGUCAUGCGGUUUGAUGAGCGACGACAAGUAUCUAAGCUUGUUGAAAUGUUCAUAUCUCGGGCAAAUGCAAAACAGCGACGAGGUAGAGCUGGCAGAGUUCAACAAGGCAUAUGUUUUCACCUUUUCACAAAAUAUCGUCACGAUAAGCUGCUAGCAGAACAGCAGACCCCGGAAAUGCUGCGCCUUUCUCUUCAGGAUUUGAUUCUCCGGGUAAAAAUAUGCAAUCUAGGUGAUAUUGAGGACACACUGUCGGAAGCUCCAGAUCCUCCAUCUUCCAGAAAUAUACGACGAGCCAUUGAGGCUUUGAAAGCUGUUAAAGCACUGACUGGCGCAGAGAUGCUAACACCUCUCGGCAGACAACUUGCUCAAUUGCCAUUGGACGUAUUUUUAGGCAAACUAAUUUUGUACGGCAGCGUUUUUAGGUGUGUCGACGCGGCUGUUAGCAUCGCAGCAAUUUUAUCUUCUAAAUCCCCAUUCGUCCACACUGCUACUUCGAGUGUCCAAACAAGAGCUGCCAAACAUGCAUUUCAACGUGGUAAGUGUUUUGUCUGCUACUCUAUUGGGAAAUUCUAUUCAAAAUUCUUAUCUAUUCUAGGGAACUCUGAUCUGCUCUCCGUUUACAAUGCCUACCGCGCUUGGAAAAAGUAUCGCGACACACCAGGGAUGAAUGAGUUCAGCUUCUGUCGAAAGAAUUGCUUAAGCCCUCAGGCCCUGCUGAGUAUUGAGGACGUUAAAACACAACUAUUGGUCUCCUUAGUUGAUACGGGCCUUGUCAGGCUAGAUGCCUCUGAGCAGUCUUCUCUAAAAAGAGCGCGAUUUUCUGGGCGCAAACGUCAGUUUUUCAUCGUACCACAGCGACUAGAUAUCAACAGUGACAACGAUUUGGUUGUGAACUCAGUAAUUGCAUGGAGCUUCUAUCCCAGACUCCUUACUCGGCAAGGCAAAGGAUGGCGAAAUAUAUCGAAUAAUCAAUCAGUUGUUCUCCAUUCAACGUCGGUGAAUAAAACGGCAGGGCCUGUGAUCAAAUGGCUAUCUUAUUAUCAUAUCAUGCAAUCACAGAAUAGAAAUUACAAUGCGCAUGAGACUAGUGCUGUGGAUGAAUUCUCCAUUGCACUGCUUUGUGGUGACGUUGAAUUUAAGUUAUACUCCGGUGUUAUUUCAAUCGAUGGUAGUCGUAUCAGACUUUCGGUUAAGGAUUGGAAAUCAAUGGCCGCACUGAAGGCACUGAGCACGAACAUGAGAGACAUUCUAGCCCAAAAAUUUCGAACGCCCAAAAAGGAGUUAACAGUUGACCAGAAGGAAUGGCUUGACCUUUGGCAGCUGGUAUUCGCUCAGCAGAAGGAGAAACGAGACGAGACAGCCCAACGCACAAACAGUCGCCUUUUCUGA